AUGGAUUAUACGGACGAGUCUAGUGAAGAUAUACAUUCCAAAAGCGGGAGCUCUUCUGACGGGUCAGAGGAUCAGAGUGCUGAGUGCACGGAAGGGGAAGAAGAGUCAGGAAAGGAGUUGCAUGCCGCCGACAGGAAGAAAACAUACCGAUGCGCUAGCUGCGGAAGAGCCGUGGAGGAUGUCCUGAUUUUCUCAUGCAAGCAUUUAAUUUGCCUAAUUUGUGCCAGCGAGCAACUCCACAAAAAGUACGAAAAAUGCAUGAAGGCAUGUUCAGAGGAAGAAGAAAAGACGAAGAGGUCGCGAAAUCACAAAAUAAGCGAAUGCUUUUUAAACUCCAAAGGAGUAGCCAGCGCAAUAGAUAAUGACAAACUAAGUGAACUAUUCAAAAAAGAAAAAAUAGGUUACAUCACAUGCUACAUAUGUAAUGUUAAGAAUAAACUUACCCUAGACACGAUUGAGUUGUUGACAAAGGUUGGGUUAUUUUCCCAUGACGUUUUGAAUGUCCACAAGUUUUUUUUCAAUUCGAACAUAAGUAGGGAAUAUCCGAAUGGGAAUAUUAGUGAAGACCAUAUUAAAAAAAAGAGCGUUCAAUUUAACGAUACGCUAAACAGCGAUGUUGUUAAAAAUGAGGAUUUGAAGAAGCUACUAGUCUCAAGUAACAUGUACAGAUAUUUAGACGAGAAUACAGAUGAUAUGGCUAAAUAUUCGUAUAUAUGUAACGUGUGCUCAUUGAACGAAGCAGUGAUGUACUGCAAUGACUGUGUAGAGUAUCUGUGCAAAGAAUGCUGCAGCAGCAUUCACCAGGAGGAUAUCAUAAAUAAGGUAAAUUUUACGGAUAAGAAAAGUCAUGAUUAUUAUGAAAUCAACAAGAAAGGGUUACAUCUUAAAAAAAUUGUAAAGUCGCCAAAAAAAUUCCUCAACAUAACGAAGGAAGACAUUGAAAUAUUGCACGAUACGGAUGGAGAUAGCUCGGAAAAUAAAUUCGUAGACGAAAAUUUACGAGAAAAAAAAUUUGGAGAUAAUUACUCCAAGGCCAUUUACAAAGUGUACGAUGAUGAUAACUCCGAUUUUGACAACUAUGAUGAGAAUCACUUUUAUGAGAGAAAGAAGAAGAUUAUAGAUAGGGAAGACACGAAGAAAAAGAGGAUCCAAAUUUCGAAGAAGCUGAAUGAUUUGGUGGAGGACAUGAAAAAUGGAAGCAGCUAUGACAGUGAGAAUUCUUCCGCAAAGGGGACCACAGGGUCAGUAGCCCGCACCGGAGGGGGGUUCAAAGGCGGAACGGCAAGUGGAAAGUCUCGUGCGAAAGCGAAGCGAGGGAAGAAUCGCGCUAAGCAUCGCCGCACACCUCGUGCAACAGAGAAGCGCGCGUGUAAUCCUGUACGAGGUAAGAAGAAGAAUCAAACGGGGGAAGCUGAGGGAGAGGAAGGAACAUGCCUUCUGUCGAACAGCACAGUUUCCCAUGUAGAUGUUAGCUCCAAUGAGAGUUCCAUCUCGUCGGACAACAAUUCCGAAAGGGAAAUAUCCAUAACGGAUAUAAGCAGAGGAGCACAUAAAAUUGACAGCAAUAUGAUCCUGAAGGAUGAAAGUAUAAAUAGUAAAAAUUUCACAACGAUCGAGAAUAUCAGAUGCAGCCAGCAUUAUAAUUACCCAAUCCAAUAUUUCUGUCACACAUGUUGUAACAAAUGCUUCUGUUCCGAAUGUGCAAUUAAUGGAGUACACACAAGUGAGUGUAACAUUGAAAAUAUAAACACGGCAUUCAUAACGGUAUUAAAUAAUUACUUAAUAAAAUGGAACGAAAUUAUAAAUGAGCUAAUAAACGAUUUAAAUAGAAAUUUUUAUGAAUCGCUGGAAGAUAUUAAAAACGAUUGGUCUCUUACCCUAAGCGAAUGCUACUAUGACUUGAACAGUAAAAUAGGGUACAUCACUAAUAACCUGUCAAAGAAGGAGAAAGAAAUUUUCGAACAGCUGGAUCUUUACAUGGAUACAUUUAAGAGGGAAAACAUAAACUAUAUCGAACUGCUGGACUCUAAAUAUGACGAGAUUGAGAAAACGAUUAAUAUCAUUCGGGACAAUAAAUUUCAAAAUAAUCCAAUCGAGAUGAUAAAAUUUUAUAGGAAGAAUAUUAAUGCCAUUGACAGGACUAUUUUGGUAAAUAAUGACUUUAAGCCUAUAGAAGAUUUGUCAAAAAUUCGACAGAGUAAAAUUUUUUACAUGGAUUUGUACGCCUCGCAGAUUGUCAGUUAUAUGCGGUACUUGCAGGCCUUUUUGAAGUCCAGCGGUCCCGAUUUACCGUCUCCCUAG